AUGGAGCUAGGUGCAGAAAAUGGUGAGGAGGACCUGUACACGCGCCUUAAAACUCUGCAGCGGCAACUGGAGUUUUAUGAGAUCCAGGAGGAGUACAUCAAGGAGGAGCAGCGCAGCCUCAAGCGCGAGCUGCUGCGCGCGCAAGAGGAGGUCAAGCGAAUCCAGUCGGUGCCCCUAGUCAUAGGCCAGUUCCUGGAGAUGGUGGACACCAACUCUGGCAUCGUUGGCUCCACCACGGGAUCCAAUUACUAUGUGCGUAUCCUGUCCACCCUCAACCGCGAGCUGCUCAAGCCCAGCGCCUCCAUUGCGCUGCACCGCCACUCCAACGCCCUUGUGGACAUUCUCCCUCCAGAGGCCGACUCCUCCAUCUCUCUGCUCACGCAGUCCGAGCGGCCAGAUGUCACUUACCAGGACAUUGGCGGGAACGACAUCCAGAAGCAGGAGAUCCGGGAGGCGGUGGAGCUGCCGCUGACUCAGCACGCGCUCUACAAGCAGAUCGGCAUCGACCCCCCGCGGGGGGUCCUGCUGUGGGGUCCCCCCGGUACGGGCAAGACCAUGCUGGCCAAGGCUGUCGCGCACCACACCACCGCCGCCUUCAUCCGCGUCGUCGGCUCCGAGUUCGUGCAGAAGUACCUUGGCGAGGGGCCGCGCAUGGUGCGCGACGUGUUCAGGCUGGCCAAGGAGAAUGCGCCCGCCAUCAUCUUCAUUGAUGAGGUGGACGCAAUCGCCACCGCCCGUUUCGAUGCGCAGACCGGCGCAGACAGGGAGGUGCAGCGCAUUCUCAUGGAGCUGCUCAAUCAGAUGGACGGCUUUCACCAGAACGUCAACGUCAAGGUGAUCAUGGCGACUAACCGCGCUGACACGCUGGAUCCCGCGCUGCUGCGGCCGGGCCGCCUCGACCGCAAGAUCGAGUUUCCGCUGCCAGACCGCCGCCAGAAGCGUCUCGUCUUCCAGGCAUGCACGGCGAGCAUGAACCUGAGCGAGGAGGUGGACCUUGAGGACUAUGUGUCGCGGCCGGACAAGAUCAGCAACGCAGAAAUUUCAGCCAUCUGCCAGGAGGCUGGCAUGCACGCAGUGCGCAAGAACCGCUACGUCAUUCUGCCCAAGGACUUUGAGAAGGGCUACAAGGCCAACGUGAAAAAGUCCGACACCGACUUUGACUUCUACCAGUGAGCGGGCGCUGAUAUGUGCGCAAAUAAAAGGAUCUCUCUGCUUAGCACUGGUAAGUGCCAGUGAGCGGGCGCUGCUCUUUGCGCAAGAAAGAAAAGAACCACUAUACUCUGGCAAGCCCGUAUAGCGGGUCCAUUUCUCAAGAGAGUUCAUAUGGGGUUUUGUGCGGUUUGUCGAGCGUAGAAGACAGUGUGACCAUUCUUGGAUUGACUUGGCAUCGUCAACUUGGCAAGAAGGAUGUUCUGUUGUCCGGCGUGUUUUAGGAGCAAUUUGCAAUAGCACAAACUACGUAUACAUACUCUAUCUGCUAGCAGCGCUGCAACGUAAUGAAAGGGUCACAACAUGGCCGAUUUUGCAAAAGAGAAUGGGUAA